AUGGCUGCUGAAAAGCGGAAAUUGAUGGUGGAGAUAGACAAAUGUUUCAAAAAGGUAAGAACUUCUUGUUUUUAAGGUUAAAUGAUUUUAAUAUUGUUUUAACUAAUAUUUUAUGCUUUAUUGGGUACUUUUUUGUGAGUUAAAACUAUUAUUUGAUGUUGCUUGAAAUAUUUUUGUGAACUUUUUUUAAGUUUUUUAUAUUAUUAUAGAUAGAUGAAGGAUUGGAACUGUUUGAAGACAUGAUUCAGAAGAUGCACGAGGCUAAUGGUGAAAACAUGAAGGAAAAAUGUCAAGAAGAUCUAAAGAAGGAAAUAAAGAAAUUGCAAAGGCUGCGGGACCAGGUUAAAAACUGGCAAGGAUCUAACGAGAUCAAGGUAUGUUAAUAUAAUGACUUUUUAUCUUUUAGUUUUGUUUGUUGUUUUAGUUAGUGUUUGAUAUUAUAAUGCAUUUGUUCUGGUUUAAUUUUUUAAAUAUUUUUUAGGAUAAAGAAAAGUUGAACACUUACAGAAGGCUGAUUGAAACAAAAAUGGAGCUGUUCAAGGACAUUGAGAGGGAAAACAAAACCAAGCCUCACAGCAAGAUUGGUCUGUCAAUCGAAGAGAAGGUUGAUCCGAAGGAGAAAGAGAAAGUGGAGGUGGUUGAUUGGUUGAAAGUAAGUAAAAACGUUCUAGUUAAUUUGCUUUUUUAUAGGCAAAAAUUAGAUGUAUUCAAGAUGAAAUUGACAAAACAGAAUCAAAGUUGGAAUUGGCCAAUUCAACUGUGAGUGACAAGAAAAAAAAGAACAAAAACAAAGGAAAUAAGAAACUGAAUAGCCAGGAAGACGAGGUAAGGUAUAUAUAAUGUUAAUUUUGUUUGCGUAAAGACCGAAAAUGCUUAUACUGUGUAUUUGUAACAAUUGGUUUAAAGGCGCUAGGACAAAUGCGGUUUUUGGACAUUUGCGGAUCUGGGGUUUUUAGACACUUGCGGACCUUCGGUUUUUGGACACUUGCGGAUUUUGGACAUUUGCGGAUUUUUUAAAGGGGUUUUUUUUACUUUUUAUUUAAUUUAGUUGUAGUAUGGUACUAAAUGGUACUAAAGUUUAAAUUGGCACUGUCUUAAUAUUUCUUAAUGUUAAAUAGUACUAAAUUUUUAAUCGGUACUGUUUUUAUAUUUUUGGUACUAAAUAUUACUAAAAGCCCAAAAAGGUACUGUUAUGUUAAAACCGUACCAAUUCAAACUUUAGUACAAUUUAGUAACAUAAUACAACUAAAUUAACUAAAAAAUAAAAAAACCUUUAAAAAAUCCGCAAAUGUCCAAAAUCCGCAAGUGUCCAAAAACCGAAGAUCCGCAAGUGUCUAAAAACCGCAGAUCCGCAAAUGUCCAAAAACCGCAUUUGUCCUAGCGCCGGUUUAAAUUGUAAAAUGUAAAUUAAGUUUUAGACCGAAACUUUAAAAAAACACUUGGAGCGUGUUAAUUUUCACAUGGACAACUUGGAAGUAUGCAUGAGAUUGUUGCUGAACGAGAAAAUUCGAUACGAAGAUGUGAAGAAUCAGCUGAUGGAAUCUUUAGAUGUGUACGUUGAAGGUCUUGGUCCCGACGCGACUGAAGAUCCAUUGGAUAUUGAAUUGGACAGUAUUUACGAGGACUUGUGCUUAACUGAGUAUAUUGAUCAGCUUGGAAAGGUGAAUCUGUCUCCCACCGACGAUGAAAAAGGUAUGCUUUUAACGUUACGUAAUUGUUGACGUCCAAAUGCUUAUUUUUAAAAUUUUUAUAUUACUUUUGCCACAAUAACAUUUUAGUUGCUAAAUCAGUCUUAGAUUUGGACAAAACGAAACCAAAGGAGAUUCCGAAAGCAUCUCCAAAGCUUAUGACUGCGUCGAUGCCUCACAUUCCGACAACUCCGAGAUCGUCUUUUGGAUCUCAUCAGUAAGGUUUUUGCUGCUAUUUUAACACACCUUUUGUUCUAGUUUAAUACCACGUUUUUGUUAUUUAAUUUUUUAGCUCAUUGUCUGAGAAUCAGAUGAAGACGGCAGGAUCUUCGCUUCCAACAGUACCUCAAAUGAAGUACAAUGCUGUGGUCAAGGUGGCUGGUUCUGCGGCGGCGUAAGUUUAUUUUUGUAUACUUUUAAGUUGAAACGUUAGUCAAUGAAUAGAUCAAUUCAAAUUUUUUUUAUAAUUUUUAAAUUUUUAUUCUCUAUAAACAUGACAUAUAUUUAGAGAAUAAAAUCAGCUGUUUUCAGAUUACAAACGAAAAAAGUAGCGCAAGAGGUUGAGAAGACAAAAUUUGUACCAUACAACAAACUUGAACUGCCUGGAUUGGAAGUCACGCCUGAUUUAUCUCCUAGUUCUGCUGCGGGCGAUGAAAAUAAAAAAGAUAUCUCGCUGAAAAGGCAGGACGAUUUAAUUGAAAUUAGGACGAAAGAUGACACACCGUUUACUCAAGAGUACAACAACCAUGACUCUUUCUUUAAUUCUUACACUGCACCAUUGGGUAUGGUUUUGUCAUUUUUUGGCGGCUUUUUAGGCAUGGUACUGGGUUUGCACUUUUAGAGUUUUAGAAAAGAUUUUGUACAAUUUGCGUUUUUUAGAUCAUUUGGCACGACCUAUGUCGCCGACAAACUUUGGUAUAAGUUAUCCAACAGGUUUGACUGAGGAGCUGUUCUUGCAACAAAAAACUGAGACGGAACCUGAAACUGCUUCUGUAAGUAAAAUAUUGUAGUGUCCAAUAGGCAGGGCUUUGAACUAUACUACAACUCGUUUUUUUAGAUUCAGAUCAAUCCAUUUGCUGCAUAUGGUAUUAAUCAAACGGAGAAAACAGAAAGCCAACUGAAUGUGAUGAAACAGAUUGAAAAUGCAGUUAAGAAUGUUCCUACGCCUGUUGAUCAUCUUCGGGCCAAGAACUUUUUGGCGUACAGUCCGGCUAAAACUACUUCCGUUGUGUAUCCGUCUGAAAUGGCAAUCGAAAUGAAAACUGUGGAAUAUUACGCGAAACUGGAAUUGGAAACAUUGUUUUUUAUAUUUUAUUACAUGGAAGUACGUUUUGUUAGUUUACGUUUAUUUAAUACUGAGAUUUUUAUUUGGAUAAUAAUUACUGUUACGUUUAUGGCAUUAGUGUGUUUUAAUUUAGGGUACGUUUGCUCAACGAUUGGCAGCGAGGGCUUUGAAAAGUAAAUCAUGGAGAUAUCACAAAAAGUUUUUGAUGUGGUUUCAAAGAGAAUGUGAUCCAACUAGCAUCACAGCUGAUUAUGAAUGCGUAUGUUUAUUUUUAAUUAGCUGUUUUGCGCAUAAUGAGACGAUAUUUUAUUUUAAAUAUACGAAUCGGUUUUUACUCUAUUUAGGGCAGUUACAUGUUCUUUGACUAUGAACGAUUUGUCAUCAGGACGCGAGACAAUUUUGUUUUUGAAUACAAGUAUUUGGAGCAGAGCUGUUAA